UUUUUCGUUCUAACUGGAAUUUUCACGACGACGGGAAGGGGAAUCCAGCGAUCUGGCAACCCAGUGAUCUCUCGGCACUCGCGCUAGUGACGUCUGGAUUCAGGAAGAGGUAGUGUUUCACGAGCUCAGAAUUUGCUAGCAAAGAUGGCAUCAUGUGGCGAUAUGCACAAAUCCAAUCCAGAUGAGUAUCCAUCCAGAUGUAUGACUGAAAUGGAGAAGGAGAGGGAGUCAUACCUAAGCCCUACAGAAAACCCAUCCACACUUAGUGUCUCACCAGGUGCAGAGCAGCAAGGCUAUGAUGUUGACUUUGACCCCCCACUGGAGAGCAAGUAUGAGUGUCCCAUCUGCCUGAUGGGUCUAAGGUCAGCCGUGCAGACACCGUGUGGUCAUCGCUUCUGCAACAGCUGUAUUAAAAAAUCCAUCAGAGACACUGGGCAAAAAUGUCCAGUUGACAACGAGGUGCUCACAGAGGACCAGCUUUUUCCAGAUAACUUUGCCAAAAGGGAAAUCCUGUCUCUGACUGUGCGCUGCCGCAAUGUUGGCUGUAGUGAGAAAAUGGAGCUCAGACACUUGGAGAAUCACUUGAAGCUCUGUGAAUUUGCUACAGUCCCUUGCCCCCAGUGUCAGGAACCUGUAUGGAAGAAUAGUGUAGAAGAACAUAUGAAUCAGGACUGUUUACAGCGUCUGAUCACAUGCCCUGACUGUGCAGAGGGUAUCAUCUAUGCUGACAAACAGUUUCAUGAGCAGAUGUGUCCCUUUGUGAAUACAAUGUGUGAGUACUGUAACAUGGAUUUAAUUCGGGGUCAGUUGUCAUCGCACUGUGCCACAGAUUGCCUGAAAGCUCCUGUUGCCUGUACUUUCAACAUGUUUGGCUGUCAAGAAAAGAUGCCAAGGAACAACCUGGCCCUUCACAUGCAGGAGUUUACACAGAUGCACAUGCGCUUCAUGGCUGACUUUCUGAGGAACCAGAGUAUGAAUGGCAUUUUCCCUGCUCCAAAAUGUGGGCCUUCAUGUUCACCCCCAUCCGAUCAUGGCGCCAGUUCCAGGGUGGGAGAGCCAUGCCAGUGCAGCCAGGACAUGCAGCAGCUACGGGAGACAGUUGUAGAACUUGAGAGUCGCCUCGUGCGCCAGGACCACCAAAUACGGGAGCUAAGCAUUCGCAAUGAUACGCAGCAUACACAGAUAACGGAGCUACGCAAGAAGCUGGCAACACUGGAAGAGAAAAUGCACGAGCUGGAAGCUCAGCAGUACCAGGGUGUUUAUGUAUGGCGAUUAGAGGGAUUCUCAGCACACCUGCACCAACAAGAAGCUGGACAACCAGUGGUGCUCCAUAGCCCACCGUUCUACACAGGAAAGCCGGGCUAUAAGCUGUGCCUGCGACUGCACCUGCAGACACCAAGCGCGCCACGUUGCUCUAACUACAUCUCAUUAUUUGUGCAUACUAUGCAAGGUGAGUUUGACAGCCAGCUACCGUGGCCCCUGCAGGGCACCAUCCGGUUGUCUGUGCUGGACCAGACUGAGGGCCAAAACCACACGGAGAUAAUGGAGACCAAACCAGACCUGCAGGCCUUCCAAAGGCCCACAGUGCAGCGCAACCCCAAAGGCUUUGGCUAUGUCACCUUCAUGCAGCUGCAGGCAUUGCGUCAGCGUGGCUUUGUCAAGGAUGAUGUGCUGUUGGUGCGCUGUGAGGUCAUGCCACGCUUUGACAGCAGUCUCAGGAGAGAGGGCGUGCAACCUAGAGGACCUGAACCGUCUCUCUGAGCGCAUUUUACACACUUUAUUGUUUUUUUGUUUUUUUUUACAAGUUCUCAGAGACACACCCUGCCAUUACAAUGUUUCCUUUUGUUUUAAGAGAUUAUUUUUACAUUACAUUACAUAUACAGUAUCUCACAAAAGUGAGUUCACCCCUCACAUUUCAGCAACCACUUUAUUAUAUGUUCUCAAGGGACAAUACUAUAGAAAUGAAAAUUGGAUAUAUUUAUAUUUAUAUAUAUUGGAGUAGUCAAUGUGCAGCUUGUAUAGCAGUAAAGAUUUACUGUCCUCUGAAAAUAACUCAACAUACAGACAUUAUUGCCUAAAUAACUGGCAACGAAAACAGUACAUGCUGGAAUCCAUGUUUUCCUUAAUGAACCGCAGCCCCCCAGUACCAGCAGCACUCAUGUAGCCCCAGACCAUGAUGCUACCACCACCAUGCUUAACUGUAGGCAAGAGACAAUUUUCUUAGUACUCCUCACCAGGGCGUCGUCACACAUGCUGGUCACCAUGUGACCCAAACAAGUUUAUCUUAGUCUCAUCAGACCACAGGACGUGGUUCUAGUAAUUCAUGCUCUUGGACAGGUAAACUGUUCAACUGUUGUCUUCAGUAAACUGUUUGCAGGCUUUCUUGUGAGCUCUUGCGUGCGGUGUAUGGUCUGAGCACUGACAAGUUGACCUCUCGCUUCUGCAACCUCUAAAGCAAUGCUGGCAGCACUCUUGCGUCUGUUUUUCAAAGCCACCUUCUGCACCUGAUGCACAGCACGAGGACUCAACUUCUUUGAUCGACCCUUGCGAGGCCUGUUCCGAGUGGAACCUGUCUUGGAAAACCUCUGUAUGACCCUGUCCACUGUACUGUAACUCAGUUCCAGGGUAUUACCAAUCUUCUUGUGGCUUAACCUGUCUUUGUGGAGAAUAACAAUUCUAAUUCUCAAAUCCUCUGAGAGUUCUUUACCAUGAGGUGCCAUGUUGAUCAUCCAGUGGUCAGUGUGAGUGAAUUGUACUCAAAGCACCAAAUAUUAAAUGCUCUAAUAUAAGAUACACACAUUUGUAUGGUCCUAUCAAGCUGACAAACACAUGAACAUGAUGAAUAGGACAUGUGACUUUGCACGGUUAAACAAUGCCAGCUAUUUAGACAAUAAUGGCUGUAUGUUGAGUUAUUUUCAGAGGACUGUAAAUCUAUACUGCUAUGCAAGCUGCACAUUAACUACUCUAAAAUAUAUCCAAGUUUUGUUUCUAUAGUAUUGUCCUUUGAGAAGAUAUACUAAAAUAUUUGCUGAAAUUAGAGGGCUGUACUCACUUUUGUGAGAUACUGCAUGUAUGACUUUCAAAAGUGAGCUAAAAGUACGACAGGCAAAAGUGCUUUAGGGUGGCAGAUGUAAUACCCAAUAAAUUAUUAAACAGGAGCAUCAUAUAUUUGGUCACUGAGAGAAACCAAAAGUAUUAAUAGCAGCUCUCAGUUGUGUACUGUGAAACCCAGAACCUGCUUCCGUAUGUUUUUUGACACCUGAAUAACCCAAUGGCAUUUUUUAAAAUAGUGAUUUCCAAUUAAACUAAUACCUGUAAAUACAUUAUGCUGAGUGCACUGGAGAAAGUUAAACAAUUUUAUACCACCACCCUCUGUAGUUGAUAAUGAAUGUGCUGCCCUAUGUUUAUCAUCGCACAUACACAUAAUAGAAAGAAUCGACAAAAAAUAACAGACAUUUUUGCUUGACAAAUAACCGCAUAGUUUUCUUAGAAGAGCAUUAUCCAGACUUACAAUUUAGUGUCUUGGGCUAAAAGACUAACAGAACUAUUCAAUCAUUAAGAAACGCACAAGUCACAAGAUGAACCAUGUCUGGACUGAUCUGUUUUUACUUAUUUGAAAACCAUGUGGACUUUUAUUGUUUUAUUUCACAUUUUGAACAUGUGAAAUUGUAUCCAGCAUCAUGAACCAAUGUGCUGUGUAUCAGGGCUAAACAUGUGGCUUAAACGGAAUUGUAAUGACUAAAUUCUUGUGUCUAUAUUAUACUAUUGAUUGAUUACAUUUCUUUCAGUAACAUACUAAUGAAUAUUUUAAUAUAUGAAAAAUAAAUUUGCAAGAUCCAUCUCACUCCUUAUUGAUUUUGGCCAAGGUUUUAGUUUGAAAGUAAGUUCAUACAGGAGUAGCUUAACAACUCUGGCUUUCAAAUGUAGGACUGACUUGAGAGCGAUCUCUCUUACGCUUUUCCCUCAUUUCGUUAAUGCUCACGCAUGCCUUCUCUAACCCAGACUGCAUCAUAUUAGUAACAGUGAGAAGCUGCAUGUCAGUGAUUCCAGAUCUGGCAUCACAUACAGAAUGACGCCGGAGGCUGCUUCCUCUCUCCACAUGCCCCUCUCCCUCCUGCUCCAAUAAAGGAGUCAAAAGAGAGACUUCUGAAAUGUGCUGUGUGAUCCUUAUCUCAGGUUGGAUGAGGCAUGUACUGUCUCUGAUUUUUUCAUCAUACCCUGAGAGGAAAAGGCACAAUAACACAUUAGAAAAGUUUAAAAUGUAAAAAUGCUGACUUUUAAAGAAAGCUCUUUGCUAAGUAGGCAGUAAAUUUGUGAUGUUAUUACUUUUUAAUUUGUGACUACAAUGUACAUUACUCCCAAUUUCUAUAAUAUAGUGACUUGAAAAUUUGUUGUUAAUACGAAGCAUAAUUUGCUCCAGGAAAUACUUGUUUUGGCUGGUGUGUCCUUAAGCUGUUUUGUGUGGCAUGAUGUGAGACUGUUUUCUUUAUAUAUGUAUUUUUCUUAACCAUUUAAGAAGGGUAAAGCUGGACAUGGUUCUUAGAUUCGAAAAUCUUUUGAGAACUCCUGAUAAUUAAUAUAUAGACAUGACUAUGUAAGGGACCUGUGUUACUUUUUUGUUUGCAGUUCCACAGAUAGGGAGAAACCACCAUUUCCAGCAUUUUCUCAAGGCGAAAGUAUUCCAUUGAAGGGCCUCUGGGCUCAUGGACUCCCUUGAAAUAAACAAUCACACAAAUAGGUACAAGAACACUUGAUAAAGCUGCUAUGUGUAUUAAUGUGAGCGUGUAAGGAAAAGAGCCUUACCUGUAAGAUUAGCAGCAUCUGUCUGAUGGAUGUGGGGAGCAAAGAAAGAUUAGUUGGGAGCAGCUCUUCCAGUGGAAGGCUCAUCAGGACAGUAUCUCUGAAAGCUAGCAGGGCCAUCUGCCUUACUGUGAACUCAUGACCCUGGGAUUGAGCAAACAAUAUAGGGAAGAAUAGCUGGGAGCAGUAAUAAUAAUUUUCGUUUAAUGCUUCUGACUGUGUUAUGGUCCAAAUGGAUCUUGUAUGGGGUAAUUCAUGUGAUUUGUGGUAUAAUAAAUUUUUUUUGUUCUACCUGUAGUGGAUAAAAAAUGGCUUGCAGUGUGGGCAGGAUUUCUGAGAAAAAUCUAAUCCAUACUUCUGCCAAGAAAAAGAGCUGAUCUUCCCCUGGGAAAAAUUCAAAUAUGGGGAAAAUGUAAAUAUCAUGAAAAUUUGUAUGUAUGAAUAUAUGUGUGUGUGUUGUUUCAUACCUUCAUAUAGUUGAACCUCUUCUAAAAUAGACCUAAAACCUUUAU